AUUAUUUAAGCAUGACUUUUUAUUAUUAUUAUUAUUAUUAUUAUUAUUAUUAUUAUUGAAGAAUAUAAUUAGCAAGAAGACCCCAAGACAUUUUUUUUUUUUUAGAAGGGGUUCCUUUUUUGGAGGGGGAUUUGUCUUAAUUUUUGUAAUGCCUUGUUGUAAUUGUGGAGUAUAUGAAAAAAACUUCCAAAGUAUUAAAUAUUUAUAUUUUUGGUUAUUGAAAAUGCUAGAAAUUUGUUUAAGCAUGAAUUCGACGUUUUUAUUUAUUAUUGAAUAAUAUUAGCGAGAAGACCUCAAUUGUUUUGUUUUUUAAAAGUGUUUUAUAACAAGAGCUGCGACGAGCGUUCUGCUUAAAGGGAUAGUUCACCCAUACAUUUUAAUUCUCUCAUUUUUACUUCCCCUCAUGUCAUCCCAGAUUAAUAUGACUUUCUUCGGCAGGGAGGAGAAUUAAUAGUAAAAAAAGGACUUAAAUAUUAAUCUGUUUCUCACCCACAUCUAUCAUAUCACUGAAGACAUGGAUUUAACCGCUGGAGUCAUGUGGAUUACUUUUAUUCUGCCUUUAUGUGCUUUUUGGACCUUCAAAGAUCUGUCCUCCAUUCACUUGCAUUGUAUGGACCUACAGAGCUGAAAUAUUCUUCUGAAAAUCUUUAUUUGUGUUCUGCUGAAGAAAGAAAGUCAUACACAUCUGGGAUGUUAUUAGGGUGAGUAAAUAAUUAGAUCAUUUUAAUUUUGGGGUGAACUAUCACUUUAAGAAGCAUAGUAAGAGCAAUAUUUCAUGAAACUCACUAAUAUGUGACUCAUAUGAACGUAAUAUGAAUUACUAAUAGGCCUAUUCGUUAUUAAUUAAUUAAAACGUUUUGUUGUUAUUGAGGGAAUUUAAAAUCUUAUUUCUACUGACUUUUACGUUCAGCGUUUGUCCAAUAGAUGGCGUAUUUGUGUUAAAAUUCAAUUAAACUGUUUUUUUUUCUCCCUUAUAUUUAUUGGUUUAACAUGCGUAAUUGGCAUAAUAUCUCGAUAAAUUAAGUCAAUGUACCAGUAAUUACAUAACUUUUAUAAUAAUAAUAAUAAUAAACGUUUUUUAUUAAUAAUAUUAUUAAUUGAGUUUGUAUUACAUUUUCUUUUUAUUUCUGGGGAAAUAUUAUAAUCAUACAUUUAAGCGCCAUAAAACAAAACCAUUAUUACCUAUAUUUCAAAAAUAAUUCUGGGGUUAUUGUAAAUGCUAGAAAUUAUUUAAGCAUGACUUUUAUUUUUGUAUUAUUAUUAUUAUUAAAGAAUAUAAGUAUCAAAAACACCCCUUUUUUCUUCAUUUUUGUAUUUUUGUGUGCUGUUUUUUUUUUAUUUAUUUAUUUUUUUUUAGUGGGUUUUGUCUUUAUUUUUGAAAUACCUUACUGUAAUUGUGGUUUUGGAGUAAAUAAAAAAACUUCAAAAGUAUUCACUUUUACUACAAACAUUCACGAGAGGCUCAUUUUCAAAUUGAUGUCCAUUUGGGAUAAACCAAGUGUUCAUAUUUAAACGAAUGCUUAAUCACACAAAAAAGUUGACAACUUUAAGAAACAUUAAAGAAUGUUCAGAGAUCACCAAUGUAUAUACAAUUUUCACAUUUUGAAUUUCAAAUAAAACGUUAUCCCUGAUAGAAUGUAAAAAGCUGUUUGAAAUUAUGAGACGCAUGAAUUCCUGCCACUUCAGUUUAUCAAUGAUCUAUGACAAUAGGUCUGCUGAACAUCUCAUAGUGGAUGAUGUCAUAGGCUUUGUCUCAAACAGCUAGUGAGCUGUCCGCCUAAACAACAGCGUUUUUGGCAUCAUCAUCACCAUCAUCAUCAUCACCACCACCAUCAUCAUCAUCACACUUGGAACAGCAGCUGUACUGGGCAGCGGACCCGGAACGCGCCUGUGAUGCCCAAAAUGCAUGUCAAAAAAUGCUGUCUAGGUAGACAGCUCACUGGGCUUUGAAACACAGCCAGUCAUGGUUUUUGGGAGUAAAGUGCCUCUGUCAGUUUUAGAGAGGGCGGAGAAGAGCUCGCCUCAUGAGAGCAUAACGUCAGUGAACGUGUGAUAUUCGUAUUUAUUUUUGUUUCAGAGUUACUAUGUUUUACCUCCAUAUAAUCCAAACAAUUCUUGAUUUGAAAUGUAGCUGUAAGCGGAUGGUUUGUCCUUAUCAAUGCACACCGUUGUAAAACCGGAGACUCUGCUCUCUCAUUCAAAAGUGAGAAGUCAGAUGGAUCGCUAAAACUGCCGUUCAAACUUCUGGAAAGUUAGUGUUUUCAGAGAUGCCUCCGCAGGGGGGUGGAGAAUAUAAGCCCGUUCCAGGUACGGUUGUACCUCCGGUACCCCCGAGAAGAUUCAGGGGCAGAGAUUUGUCAUCAGCGGUAAAGAGCCGCUUCGGGUCCGCAGUGGAGCGCCGGGUGAAGUGCGUGCUGGUCGGUGAUGGUGCAGUGGGGAAAACUAGUCUCAUUGUGAGCUAUACCACCAAUGGAUAUCCCACUGAGUAUGUUCCAACAGCUUUUGACAACUUUGCAGCGGUUGUAGCUGUGGAUGGCAAGCCUGUGAAACUUCAGCUUUGUGACACUGCGGGCCAGGAUGAUUUUGACAAGCUACGGCCGCUGUGUUACACCAAUGCUGACGUCUUCCUGCUCUGCUUCAGUGUGGUAAGUCCCACCUCCUUCCAGAAUGUGAGGGAGAAGUGGGUGCCUGAGAUCCGUCGGCACUGCCCGAAGGCACCUAUACUGCUGGUGGGCACUCAAGGUGACCUCCGGCAAGAUGUCAAAGUGCUUAUCCAGCUUGCGAAAUAUAAAGAGCGUCCAGUGGACACCCAAGAAGCCUGCUUAUGUGCUGAAGAAGUGCAGGCUGUCUCAUACAUGGAGUGCUCAGCACUCACCCAGAAGAACCUGAAGGAGGUGUUUGACACAGCCAUAGUGGCUAGCAUCCAGUAUUCUGACAGCCAGCAGCAGAAAAGACUGAAGAAGCGCACACCUGAUAAAAUGAGGAAUCUCUCCAAGUCUUGGUGGAAAAAAUACUGCUGUCUGGCAUAGAAGAAAAAAUCAGAUUUUGUACUGUUUUUGUGGACGCGGUUUGAUUAGAACUUGCUUUUUAAAAAUACAAAUGGAAACAAAUCUAUCUGCUUUAGUGGAUUAACUGGAGCAGAGGUGGUCAUGAGACAUUGAAGGACAUAAGGACAUAAUCUGUAGAAAAUAUUUGUUAUCAUUUUGUCUUAAAAAAUGGAAUGAUUCAUAGCCAGCAGAUUCCAAGCCAUCUGCUACAAUGGACAAAAGAACUCCACUGUACACUUGAGGAUCUGUUCUGCAUUUGGAAAGUCCCAGUUUAACCUCAAAUGGUCAUUUGAACAAUUCAGGGCAGGAGUCAUCUGUCUAUCUUUACCUUAUCUCCUGUUGAGGAGGGUUUAAGUGGACUUAAGAGCUGCCUUAUUACUACAGAUCUAAUUAGACUACCAGUCACCUUUUCCAGAAUUGCACUCUUCCAUCCAAGUUUCGCUACACUGUAAGAAGCAAAGACCAUCUUGAUUAAUUUCAACAAAGCCUAGGAUUGUGUUGGUGUUUUAACAUUCUUCUUUGAUAAAAACCAGCAAAGAAUUCCCUAUUACUUACAUGAACAGGAUAACUUGGGUUGUAUGUUCUGUCGUGUAUAUGUCAAAACAUUAAAGGGAUAGUUCACUCAAAAAUGAAAAUUGUCUCAUCAUUUAAUCACCCUCAUGCCAUCCCAGAUGUGUAUGACUGAACACAAAGAAAGAUUUUUAAAAGAAUAUUUCAGCUCUUUCAGAAUGUGAAAGUGGAGAUUUAUAGUAAAAAAGGACUUAAAUAUUGAUCUGUUUCUCACCCACACCUAUCAUAUCACUUCUAAAGACAUAGAUUUUACCACAGGAGUUGUAUGGAUUACUUUUAUGCUGUAUUUAUAUGCUUUUUGAAGCUCAAAAGGUCUGGUCACCAUUCACUUGCAUUGUAUGGACCUACAGAUUUGAAAUAUUCUUCUAAAAAUCUUUAUUUGUGUUCUGCUGAAGAAAGAAAGUUAUACACAUCUGGGAUGGCAUGAGGGUGAGUAAAUGAGAGAAUGUUCAUUUUUGGGUGAACUAUCCCUUUAAUUGUGAUCUAGAUUAAAAGCAGAUGUUUGGGCACACUGUCAGCUUGACAUCACUGACAUGUAUUUGGUUGUCCUGUUAGGGUGAAUGAUAGUCGAUUUUAGAGACAGCAGGACACUGGCACAUCUCUCCAGGCUCUCUUGUUUACAUUUGGAGUUAAGUCCACACCCAAACAUGCUGUGAGGUCAGGGCCUUUGUAAGUGCAAGUAGACUUAGUAGGCCAGUUGGACUGUAUAUCUGGUCAUUGAACCUGGAUUUUCAUCAACAACACAAUGUUUUGAGUUAAGCGAUUCAGUUCUGUCAGGUUCGACAAAGUUGAAAUCUGUUGGAGUCAGAUGUACUUAAGUAUUUGUAUUUAUACAUAGUUCAUUCAUUUGAGAUGACAGACUAACCGACACAAAUUGUUUUCCACGUUUUCAACUGGGAAUAACAGACCAGUGAUCAUCAUUUCUUUCUAAUUACUUCCCAUUAAAAGGAAUAACAAAAAAAGUUAUUAUUACAUCUACAUUCCAGACUCUUCAUGGCAAUGCAAUUUAAGCCAUUUUUUAACAACAACAUUGUCACAGAAAGUCUUUUAAUGUAAGAAAAUUGUCUAUAGUUCUAGUUGUGUGUUUGUUUCCAUAAAAAAAAAAAAAAAUUAAAAAAAAAAUGAUAUCCUCCACAUCAUGAUUUGAUAAACAUUAUGGUCCUAUCAUUGAAGAAAGUCUUUAUAACAUUUGUGUAGGAUUGUCCCAGGGCAAAUGGCACUCUUUAUCAAGCUUUCACAUCAGAUGAACUGGAAAAGUCAUCUGCUGCUAUACGAUAUGUGAUCAAGUGCUAAGUGAAUAACAGUAAGAAAAAGUUAAUGUUUCACUACAUAAGCUGGGGUAGAUGUUGAAGAAUUGCUGCAUCACUAAUGGCAAACAUUUUCCUUCAUGAGCACCAAAUGAACCAAGAAUGAACCGAGAUACAGUAAUUGCUCACAGUUCUUUGUUUGCCACUUUUACUGUUAGAUUAUGCCCGACCCUGCUAAAAAGACCAGUUUACUCCAGCAUCAAUUUCCAUUAUUUUAGUCUUUUUUUCCAGUAAAAAACAUUCUAAUAGCAAUCUAAAUUUAUUUGAGAAGAAAAACGACAAGAUUUUUGGUCUUGUUUUCAGAAUAAUCUAACAAAAUCUACUAACAUUUCUCUGUAGCUGCUGAUUCUGAAGGUGCUUCUGGAUAAGCUUUUUGACCAUGGAAUUCUCGCUGUUUAGUCUAGUUACGAUGCCUGGUUGGGACACCAGCACCAAAAACACAACAUACUGUGAGCUGGUAACAGCAAUGCUGGUCUUUUCAGCAGGGGAAUGUGGCAAAGUGUUCAAAGAGUGUUGAGAAUCUAUUGAAAGUAAGUGGCUCUCAGCAAGUGAUUAUAGUGCUGUAAACUGCAAGUGUUGAAGGUGAUGGCAUAAUGUGAGUUGUACCCCCAAAUCAAACAAUCAUAUUGAUUUUAAGCUCAGAAAACAAACUAUGUAAUGUGAUGUUGUCGAAAGGAUAGGCAUGCUGUAAACAGUACAUUGUAGUUAAUCAUUUAUCAAAAAAUAUAUUUGUCGUCAUAUAAUGUGAAUUUCAGAAUUACAUAGGUUGCAAACAUUAGUUCACUCAAAUAUGAAAAUUCUGUCAUUUACUUACCAAAACGUUGUUCUAAACCUGUAUGACUUACUGUUUUCUAUGAAACAAUGAACACAGAAUUUUCUCUUUUCAGUGAACAAUCCCUUUUAGUUCAGACUAACCAAACCAUAUGAGUGCUACAAUGCUGUGUACUUUCACAGGGAAAGAUCAAUAGCUUGGUCAGAGAUUUUUGACAAGUAGCCAAAUUUUCACUUCAAACAGAUGCUAUUUGUUUAUUCACUGAUUUUUUGUGCAUGUGAGUUGCAUUGCAGUGAUGUAUAUUUACUUUGUGAGUGAGCUCAUUGCUGCAGCGUCCCACCAGACGGAACUGUUCAGGAUCUGGUGGUAGUUCAGAUGAAACUGACAUGUAAUAACAGACAUGCCUGUAGGUUAUCUUUCACAAAAUAAAUAUACUUUUUUUUU